AACGCAUUGUGAUGACGUUUCACGUGCGACAGAGCUGGGAACAGCCAUGCGCGAGCUGCAACGUUGUUGUGGUCAGCGCAGUGUUGAGUUAGCCGUUACCGAGUAGUUAGUGACAGCGAGGCAUUCCUCCGCAAAAAGUCGACUUUCUCAAGUGUCGCAGGAGCGGAGGACGGCGGCGAGAGCCGCGGAGCAGCAGCGCUGUGCAGAGCAGGGAGCCCUCUUCCUCUUUCCUCUCGUCUGACGGCUGUGAGUGUGACAGGACAGCAGCACUGCCAUGUAGCUGAGGCAGAAGAAUGAGCAGUCAGCACACUCCAACAGAUGGGACAGACGACCCAGCGGUCCAGCAGGAAAACGAACUAGAAGCCCUCGCGUCUAUCUUUGGAGAUGACUUCCAGGAUCUGCGGAACAAGGACCCGUGGAAGGUUAAAAGGCCCCCAGAGGUGUACCUCUGCCUGCGGCCCAACGGGCUGAGCACAGGGGAGGAAUGCUACGUCACAGUGGACCUGCAGGUCAAGUGCCCACCCACAUACCCAGACGUGCCUCCGGAGCUGGAGCUGAAGAACGCCAAAGGUCUAUCAAACGAAAACCUGCAGAACCUUCAGAGUGAGCUCACCAAGCUGGCAGCAGUACGAUGUGGAGAGGUGAUGAUUUACGAGCUAGCAGACCAUAUCCAGGGCUUCCUGAGCAAGUACAACAAACCCCCGUCGCGCUCCUUCCACGAGGAGAUGCUGAAGAACCAGCGGAGACAGCAGGAGAAGCUAGCCCAGGAGGAGCAGCAGAGGAUGGACCAGCGGCGCAAGCUGGAGGAGGAGAUGGAAAAAGAGAUCAUGGCUGAAAUCCAAAGAAGAGAGGAUGAGAAACGAGAGGAAAAGAGAAGGAAGGAGAUAGCCAAACAGGAACGACUUGAGAGUAUGGAGCAGUCUGUCCCCGCUGACUCCACCCUGCUGGGGAAGAGCCCACCCAGCCCGUGUAGAGCUCCUCCUGAACUGACUGAAGCCAGGAAAGCAGUCGGUAACCGCCGCCGGACUACCUCAAAUUCCCGCCACAGGCGUGACACAGUUAAUGAAGACAACCACCGCCCGCAAGAGCUUCUUCACUUCCACAGCAACACUUAUGGAGUACUUGUCGUCCACAGAGGAAAAAGCUUAGGUGUAAGUGAGAGGCUCAGCCGAAACGUUUAUUACGGGUUUGAGGCGAACUCAGGAGACUUUGCUGUGAUCUACGAGUGGUCGCUGCACUGGAACAAGAAGAUGGGCAAGUUCUUCACCAGCCAGGAGAAGGAAAGGAUUGAGACCUGCAAAAAGCAGAUCCACGGGGCAGAAAAUGAGUUCAACUCCCUCUUGAGGCUCGAUCACCCAAACUUGGUGCACUAUACGGCGCUGAGCUCCACUGAGAAGGAGGACUGCCUCGUGGUGAACAUGCUGGUGGAGCAUGUGGCCGGCAUCAACCUAAACCAAAGCCUAACCUCCCACAGCCCAGUCCCUCUAGAUAAACUGUGCCAUUACACGGCCGAGCUGUUGGCGGCUCUUGACUACCUUCACUCCAACUCUGUGGUCCACAAACACCUGGGGGCCUCCAGCGUGCUGGUGGACUCGGAAGGUCACGUUCGUUUGACUGAUUACAGCUUAUCAAAGAGGUUCGCUGAUAUCUGCAAGGAGGACAUUUUUGAGCAGGCCCAUGUGCGUUUCUCAGAGGAUACAAUGAUGCCAACGAAAACAGGCAAGAAAGGGGAUGUGUGGAACUUGGGCCUGAUGCUGCUGGCUCUGAGUCAGGGGAAGGAGGUGAAGGAGUAUCCAGUGACUGUACCAGCCAGCCUGCCUGCUGACUUCCAGGAUUUCCUCCACAAGUGUCUGUGCCUGAAUGAUGCUGAACGCUGGACGACCCAGCAGUUACUGGACCAUGCCUUCCUCAAACCUCCAUCGCCUAAAAACCUGCCACAGUCUCAGGAUGCCAGCCCAGAAGAUCUCGCCGUUGACUUGGCAUCAUCCGUCAUUCCACAGAGCCACAUCCUCAAUGCUCCCUUCAUCUCCGGGAUGCAGAGGUCAUUUUCUCGCUACUUCAGUGAGUUCGAGGAACUCCAGCUUCUUGGAAAGGGAGCCUUUGGUGCUGUAAUUAAGGUUCAGAACAAACUCGAUGGUUGCUACUACGCCGUGAAGCGCAUCCAGGUCAACCCAGCCAGUAAGCAGUUCAGACGGAUCAAAGGCGAGGUAACACUGCUCUCACGCCUUAACCAUGAGAAUAUCGUCCGCUACUACAACGCCUGGAUCGAGCGACAUGAGACGCCCUCUAUAGGAGUCCUUACCAGCAGUGACAGCUCUGAGCCUCAGAGUGCCGUCGACAAGCGUCCGCAGGUCAAAGGGUCUCGGCAGCGCCUCAACGAGCUCGGCCUCCCCGACAACUUGGAGGACAAUGCACCACCUCCGGUCCUGUCGAGCUCUGUGGAAUGGUCCACCUCCAUCGAGAGAUCCUCUAGUGCCAAAUGUAGCAGACACCAGUCAAGUGAUGAAGAGGACGAUGAUGAUGAGGAGGAUGUUUUUGGUGCCUCUUUUUUGCCAUCAGAUAGCGACUCACAGAGUGACAUCAUCUUUGACAAUGGCGAUGAAAGCGUGGACGAGAUGUCACAGGUGGAGCAGAGCAAAAGACCUGUGAUCGACACAACGGAGAGCACAGACUCAGAACGAAUCCCCCCAAUAGCACAUUACCUUUACAUACAAAUGGAAUACUGUCCAAAAAGCACUUUAAGGGACACGAUAGAUCGCGGCUUGCACAGGGACCAGAAUCGUUUAUGGAGACUCUUCAGGGAAAUACUGGACGGCCUUGCUUACAUCCAUCAGCAGGGCAUGAUACACAGGGACCUGAAGCCUGUCAACAUUUUCCUUGACUCGCAGGAUCAUGUGAAGAUUGGAGACUUUGGCCUGGCCACAGACCACCCAGCUAAUGUGGCUGCAGGUGUGUUUGAAGUAGAGGAGAGCGGCUCAGUAGUGAUGCCCAAACCAGACCCAACAGGAAACAUGACAGGCAUGGUUGGCACUGCCUUAUACGUCAGUCCAGAGGUUCAAGGGAACACCAAAGCCACCUACAACCAAAAAGUUGACCUGUUUAGCCUGGGCAUCAUCCUGUUUGAGAUGUCCUAUCGGCCCAUGACCACGGGAGCGGAACGCAUCUCUGUGCUUAGCCAGCUGCGUGUGGAGCCCAUCAGCUUCCCCGAGGACUUUGCCGCAUAUGAGCAAGGCACACAGAGGAAAGUGACAGAGUGGCUGUUGAAGCAUGACCCAGCCCUGCGGCCCACCGCCCAGGAGCUACUGAAGAGCGAACUGCUGCCCCCACCACAGAUGGAGGAGUCGGAGCUGCAUGAGGUGCUGCAGCACACUAUGGCCAAUAUCAACGGCAAGGCCUACCGCACCAUGGUGGGCCAGCUUUUCGCCCAGAACACCACUCCAGUCAUGGAUUACACCUACGACACAGACCUUCACAAGGGCAGCUUCAGCUUCAACAGUGCCAAAUUGCAGCAGCAUGUGCAUGAAACAAUCACCAGGAUCUUCAAGAAGCACGGUGCCGUGCGUCUGCAGACACCGCUAUUCCUCCCCAGAAACAGGAAGUUGUAUGAUGGCAGCGAGGUGGCUUGCUUCAUGGACCACAGCGGAAUGCUAGUUACGCUGCCAUAUGACCUUCGCAUGGCGUUUGCAAGAUUCGUUGGUCGCAACAAUAUAACACAUCUGAAAAGGUACAGCAUUGAACGGGUGUUCCGCCCCAGGAAGCUGGAUCGCGCUCACCCAAGGGAGCUUAUGGAGUGUGCCUUCGACAUCAUCACACCCGUCACCAACAGCCUGCUCCCUGACGCAGAGACCAUUUACACCAUCUCUGAAAUAGUCCAGGAAUUCCCCGGGCUCCAGGAAAGGAACUAUAACAUUUACCUGAACCACACCAGCUUGUUGAAGGCCAUCCUGCUCCACAGCGGAAUCCCCGAAGACAAACUGAGCCAGGCCGCCAACAUUCUGUGUGACGCCAUGAGCGAAAAGCUGACCAGACGUGAGGUGGAGGCAAAGUUCUGCAACUUUUCAUUGUCAACCAACAGUUUGCAGAUACUGUACAAGUACAUAGAGCAGAAGGGGUAUCUGCAGGACCUGGCGCCACUGCUGAUACCACUCACCAAACAGAAGACCGCCGUGACCCAGCUGGCCAAGCAGGGCCUCAAGGAACUGGAGGAGGUCACAGUGCUGCUGCAUAAACUAGGAGUUAAACUGCAGGUGGUGGUGAACUUGGGCUUAGUGUACAAGGUGCAGCAUCACUCUGGGGUCAUCUUCCAGUUUGUGGCUUUCAUCAGGAAGCGCAAGCGAAUUGUACCGGAUAUUGUGGCCGCUGGAGGACGCUACGACCACCUGAUCCUGGAGUUUCGAGGACCAGCCCCCAUGGUGCCGGCCCCCUCUGCUGUAGGGGCCAGUGUGGCCCUGGACAAAGUCUGUGCUGCUAUGGCCAGCAUGGAGGAGCCGCCAUCAGUGAGCUCAUGUGAUGCCCUGGUGGUCCCAGUGGGACAUUCUUCGAUGUCCAGAGCCAUCAAUGUUGUCCAGAAGCUGUGGAGCUUCGGCGUGUCUGCAGACAUUGCCUAUGAUGUCUCACAGUCUCAGGAGACGUUGAUGGACCACUGCAGGCUAGCCGGCAUCAGCUGCAUGGCCCUGGUCUCAGACAAGGAGGGGAUCUAUGUGAAGGUGAAAUCCUUUGAGAAGGACAGACAGUCUGAGAAGCGGAUUCCCGAACCAGACUUGGUGGACCACAUCAUUCAGAAAUGUCGAACCAAAUACUUUGAGGAGAGAAACAUCAGAGAAAUUUCUGAAAGCCUGUCCCAGAACCCUAAAGGAUCACUGCUCAACACCACAGGCUCUUCAGAGCAGCAUGGGAGCAGUAGCAACAGUAACAUUAAUGUGAACAUCAUCAGCCCAGAAAAGGUUUCAUCCAGUGCCAGACGACGUUAUGAUACUCAGAUCCAAACCAGAUUACAGAAUCUCGGAAGCAAUUUGCAGAACAAGAGCAGUGACAUUGAAGUUCUGGCAGUGGACCUGCCGAAGGAAACUCUGAUCAACUUCCUGUCUUUGGAGUUUGAUAGCGAAGACCAGUUCAACAACAGCGUGAAGACUCUGCUGUCUCGUCUCCCCAAGCAACGCUACCUGAAGUCCAUCUGCGAAGAGAUCCACCAUUACAAAAUAAAGAAAAAGCUUGCCGUGGUGGUCUUGUACAGCUACAAGGACGACUACUACAAGAUCCUUCUGUGAAAACCUGCGUGGUUCAACUGACUCUGGAGAGAUCCCUUGAGGCUCAGUCAAGUCCCAGAGACUGUUUCCAUCCUGGGACCUGCAGAAUCUGCUUGAGGAGUGACAGAUUCAUACCUUUUCCAUUUGGAAAGCGAGCCCCCAACAGAGACAAAUGGUUUAUUUUUUACUGUACUGAAUGGCGACCCAAAAUCCAUAACUUUCUGAAAACCCCUUUAUGUGGACAAGUGGUUCACUGGACUUCAAUGCCUUAAUAGGACAAUGGAAGUUAAAAUAUGGAGGACUUUUUACUAGAGAUUAAGUGUCUUAGAAACAGCAGUUUUACAUUUCUUAUUAGCAAGAUCAAUACUGGAAAUAAAUAUGUUUUUCCCACGUG